UUUGAACAGAAUAGAUAAUACAAUGGCAUCAGCUGGAUUGCGCAAACUUGUAUUCGUGACAGGGAACAAGAAUAAAUUGGUUGAAGUACAAGAAAUCUUCAAGGAUGUAGUUGAUAUUGAAUCUCAUAAAGUGGAUUUGCCUGAACUUCAAGGUACAUCAAGAGACAUUGCAGCAGAGAAGGUGAAAAUGGCUGCUGAUAUUAUUCAAGGACCAUGUAUCACUGAAGAUACAUGUUUAUGCUUCAAUGCAUUAAAUGGGUUACCUGGACCAUAUAUAAAAUGGUUCGUAGAAUCCGUUGGCUUGGAUGGGUUAAACAAGAUGUUGGUUGGCUUUGAGGAUAAGACUGGGUACGCUUUGUGUACCAUUGCAUAUUGUAAAGGACCUGGCCAUGAACCCGUGAUCUUUGAAGGCAUCACUAAAGGUAAUAUUGUACCAGCACGUGGCCCACCCAAUUUUGGUUGGGAUCCUGUAUUUCAACCUGAAGGAUUCCAUCAAACAUAUGCUGAAAUGCCAAAAGAAAUCAAGAAUACCAUUUCUCAUCGAUUUAGAGCAUUAGAAAAAUUGAAAGGAUUCUUUUUAGAAAAUUAGUUGAAUAUAUUGUAGAAUAAAGAAAUAAGAACAAUUAUCAUUUUUAGUGUUGAAAA